AUGAACGAGAAGACUCGGAGCCGGAGCCAAUGGUUAGGACGGGAGAAAUGCGACCCUGCAGGGACAGUGCACUGCCAACGAGAAGCUCUUGGACUCUUGGACCAGUGGAAGGCCGAAGCUCAGAAUCUCCGCCAGGAGAAUGAAGCCUUGCAGGGACUGUGCAAUGUCAACGAGAAGCUCCAGGACCAGUGGAAGGCCGAGGCUCAGAAGCUCCGCCAGGAGAAUGAAACCUUGCAGGCCAAGUACAAUGCCAACGAGAGUGACUUCCAAGGCUAUGCGCACUGGGCAAUGGAUGAGAUGGCUGCACUCCAAGACAAACUGCACGGAAAGAAAGACCAGAUCCAAGGCUAUGUGCACUGGGCAAUGGAUGAGAUGGCUGCACUCCAAGACAAGCUGCACGGCAAGAACGAGGAGAUCCGGCCACUCCAAGACCAGCUGCACGGAAAGAGCGACGAGAUCCGGGCACUCCAAGACAAGCUACAGGGAAAGAGCGACGAGAUCCGGGCCCUAGUAAGAGAGCUGGAAGACAACGACCACGUGACGCAGCUCUACAAACAGAAGAAGCAAGAUGAGCUCGAGGCGAAAACCGCCGAGGCCUACAAAGCAGAGAAGGAGGAGGAGAUCCGGAAUGAAUGUGAGUGGAGCUGGUGGUACAGGCAGCAGUGGGAGGCGCUACACAAGAGGAUGGCUGAGGAAGGUGAGACGGACAACCGGGCAGCGAAGUCUCACCGAACCGCCUGA